CAAUGAAAUCCCCUUCCUCUCUAGCCAAUACGCUUUACUACACUGGUUCUACUGUAAUGCAGCAUUAUUUCCUGUUUAGAAUUUACUGCCAGGCAUCGAAUUCAGCAGUUUCCCUUCUGUUUCUCUCCUGUAGAUGCCAUGUGAAGGCUGCAUGCAGAGGGACAAUGCGAGCACUGGUGCAACCAUGGAGUUUCUCCUGCUCGGCUUCUCCGAGCUGCUCCAUCUGCGAGUCCUGCUCUUCUUUAUCUUUCUCAUUGUUCAUUUGGUCACAUUGGCUGGGAAUAUGAUGAUCUUCGUGGCGCUGGUGAUGGAGCCCUCACGUCCCCCCAUGCUUUUCUUCCUCUGCCAACUCUCUGCCAUCGAGCUCUGCUACACUUUAGUCAUUGUCCCCAAGGCGCUGCUCGGCCUGGCAGCGGCAGGCGGCAGCGCCAUCUCGGUGCUGGGCUGUGCCGCACAGAUGCUCCUCUUCGUGGCCCUCGGGGGCACCGAGUGCUUCCUGCUGGCAGCCAUGGCCUACGACCUCUACGUGGCCAUCUGCCAGCCCCUGCGCUAUGCGGCCGUGAUGGGCGAGGGGCUGUGCCUGCGGCUGGCCCUCACCUGCCCCCUGGCAGCCUUCGCCGCUGCUCUGGGCUUGACAGUGGCCGUGUUCCGCCUGCCCUUCUGCCAGUCCUGCUGCAUCGACCACUUCUUCUGCGACGUGCCUGCCGUGCUGCGCCUGGCCUGCGCUCAGGGCUACGCCGCCGAGCUGCUCCUGCUGGCGGCCUGCGUGCUCCUGCUGCUGCUCCCCUUGCUCCUAAUCCUGGCCUCGUACCUGUGCAUUGCGGUGGCUUUGUUAGGUGUCACCUCCGCUGUGGGAAGGGGCAAGGCCUUUUCCACCUGCAUUUCACACCUGGCCAUCACCUUACUGCACUACGGCUGUGCCACCUUCAUCUACAUUCGCCCUAAGUCCAGUUACUCACCCACUCGGGACAAGGUGGUGUCUCUGGUUUACACCAACAUUACUCCUUUAAUGUAUCCCCUCAUUUACAGCCUGAGGAACAAGGAGAUCAGAGGGAUCCUCAGGAAAAUGCUGAGGAGGAAGAAAAUAGCUCAGGUGAACUGGGAUACUAUUGCAGUUGUGAUGUGUGUGUGUGGUAAAUUUUAGUAGAACAAACACAUGCUUGUUGGAAAACUGCCCCAUAACCAGAUCACCAUAGACUUCACAAAGGCAAAUAUCCAGGCAGAAUUCUAUAUGCAUCACUAUAUUUAUAAGAAAAAGAUACCUCUGCUCAAA